CGCCAACACUACCAACACCGAGAAAAGGCUGUUAUGAUCACGCGGUCGCUCCCAGAAAGCCGCUCUUCAACCGAUUCAGCGAGGUCGCAUCUACCUGAAGAUGAAUUAUCACAGUACCUCAUCCACCAGGAUACAACUGGAAGCCCAACUCCAACAGAGGAACGCACUCAAGCCUCGUCGGAAGAAUCGACAUUGGGACGAGGUCAUUUGCUGUCAUUAUUUCAAGAAGGAAACAUGACUUUGGAACGUGGCAGUCCAACGUCAGUUGAUCUAGACGAAGACUCCUUCCGCCAGCAGCCAAACGCUCCGACUUUUUUGGCCAUCUGGAGUUGGGAGCUCUGUAGCAUUAUCUUCAGCAUUAUCUGCACAAUUGCUAUCAUCGCUCUUCUCCCAAUCCUCAACAACAAGCCACUGGCAAGAUGGCCAUUCGCGAUACUCCCAAACACGAUCAUCUCCACAUUCAUUACCGCUAUUAAAGCUUCGAUGCUUUUCGUUGUAGCUGAAUGCAUCAGCCAACUAAAAUGGGCACAUUUCGGCUUCACGAAAGGCCGACCCAUCAAUGACCUCGAACGCUUUGAUAGAGCAAGUAGAGGACCAUGGGGUUCAACCUUAUUUCUCGGAUCUGUGAGAGGUCAUGCCCUUCUUGCCUGUAUAGGCGCCUUAAUCACGAUUGCAGCCCUGGCUAUGGAACCAUUUGGCCAAUUGCUUCUUACGUUCGAAACUCGCUACAUUCUACGAGAGAAUGAGGUCGCUACUAUACCUGUUGCAUAUGCAUACAGUAAUUUCUAUCCGGACACUGGUGGAACAACUGUAAAAAUGGGCUACAACAGGGGCAUGAAAGGAUCUCUAACCAAUAGCCUUUUCGGUUCAAGCACCGCUCUACCAUUUACAUGCCCCAGUGGGGUUUGUAAAUGGCCAACAUUCACCUCUUUGGGCCUUUGGAGUUCGUGUGCCAACGUUACAAGCAGUACUGCAAGAACAUGUUCUAUGCAGUUCCCUGUGGAAAACUCUUCUGCGAGUUCUUUGCCCACAGAAAAUUGCACGGCUAUUGUGGAUGCAAAAGGCACAUUAAAGUCUAAUUGUACAACGUGGCCACCGAUACCGCUCAACAAGACCCGAGGAGUGCAUGUAAACUACGCAUAUACUACACCAAACAACAUCCCCAUCCGUAGCUACAGAGAGUACGACUGGGAGCCUAUUAAGUUUUCUUCAGGAGAGUUGAGAGUACAAUUUCACGAGACAAUGUUUCAGCUCGGAGCAUGGGCGGUUGCUAACGCUACAAGCCUUCCUACUGAUUCCAUGGAAACAAAGAACAUCUCAGACCUUUCGUUUGCAGCUGCAUUCCCAAGUACUGCCAUUAUGGAUGAUUUCGAGAGAUUACAAAAUACGCCACAGCCGCUAGAUGAGAGCAUCUGCCGACAGUAUUUUAAGGAGAUAAUCGAAUGCCAGUUCUGAUGGUGCUUGAAAACCUACGAAAACGUUAGAGUUGGUUAAUGGGACAAUGUCACCUUCCCUCCCAUAUUUAGCAUGGAACGAAAUCGACAGCUUUAUGUUCUCGCCGGAUAAUACCUCUGCGCACUCGAUCCCGAAAGAGCAUCACAUCUUUGAAAUUGGUUACUACGAAAUGCAAUUUCUUACAAAGCUUCUAAAUGAACUAUUUAGUCCGAAAGGUAGAUAUGAUUUCGACGGUAUCGAUAUUACCGAGGUCUUUUUAUCCAGCAAUAACAUUUUUGAAAUGGUAUCAAAUAUCACCGAA